AUGUCGGUUGUGAUCUCAACAUCACUCGGCAGUUUGUUAAUUAACCUCCGUUUCGUUGACUGCCCAAAAGCUUCCUUCAACUUUCUUGCCCUCUGUGCUUCAUCAUACUAUGAUGGUUGCAGGUUUCACCGUCUGGUUCCUGAGACCUUUGUUCUAACAGGGGACCCAACGGGAACUGGAAAAGGAGGUGAAUCUGUUUUUGUCCAUCACCAAGAUAUCAAGCAGCGGUACUUUGAGGAUGAGGGAAUGGGAAACGCAUUGCACGAUCGUCGUGGUGUCGUUUCCAUGGCGCAUAAGGGAAAUAAACCGGACACUAACGCAUCUCAGUUCUUUAUUUUAUUUAAACCAUGCCCGUCACUGGAUUCCAAGCACACGGCGUUUGGGGUCGUCGAUUUUGGCUGGAAUGACGGGGAGAGCGAGCGCACACUGAAGCGGGUUGAGGAACUCGAGGCGGAUGGAAGUUACAACGUGCUUGAUGUAGAGGCGAGGAUUCUUAGUACCACGGUUUUAUAUAACCCAUUUGCCGAGGGCCACAUCAAGCUAAAUGUAUGA